UGUAGUCUUGAAGAACAGUGGUGUGGUGUGAUACGAGCACACUGAAAAGUGACACUACUUAAUUAUGUUUUAGAAUUUGCAGACUUUCUGAUUCGAUUUUUGCUGCACGGUGGAUGUUUUGAAGAUGCAUUUUGAUGCUUGAGGUGUUUUCUAUUUUUAUGCGCUGUCCCUUUAAAUAAAGCAGUGCGGGGCGUGCGCGAGCGCGUGAGGGAGUCAAUGAACUUUUCUCAUUCUGCUUCAGACCGGAUAUGGCGGAUCUAAGAGACUCCUACUACUUAGGGUUUGAUUUCAGCACCCAGCAGCUGAAAGCCAUUGCAAUUGAUGGAAAGCUUCAAGUUAUUCACCAGAGCAAUGUCCAGUUUGACAGCGACCUUCCAGAGUUCAGGACUCAGGGGGGAGUACACAUCCACGAGGACAGAGUGACUGUUACCUCUCCAGUUCUCAUGUGGGUCAAGGCGCUUGAUCUUCUCCUUGAGAAGAUGAUGAGUGCUGGAUUUGACUUCUCUCGUGUCAAAGCUAUUUCAGGCAGCGGACAGCAACAUGGCAGUGUGUACUGGAAAAAGGGAGCAAGAACAACUCUGCAGUCUCUGAAUCCAGGAGGAUAUUUACACAGCCUGCUGCAGGAUUGUUUUGCUGUCCAGGACAGUCCAGUGUGGAUGGACUCCAGUUCUGCAGAGCAAUGUAAGAGCCUCGAAUGUGCAGUAGGGGGAGCUCAACAACUCGCUGAUAUCACUGGGUCACGAGCCUAUGAGCGCUUUACUGCAAAUCAGAUUGCCAAGAUCUAUCAGUUACAGGAGGAGAGAUACAAUGAGACUGAGAGAAUCUCCCUCGUUAGUAGCUUUGCUGCAUCUCUUUUUCUUGGUGAUUAUGCAGCUGUUGACUACAGUGAUGGUUCAGGGAUGAAUUUAUUGGAUAUCUUCACUAAAAAGUGGUCAGAGCCCUGCCUGAAAGCCACUGCACCACAUCUGGAAGAGAAGCUGGGUAACCCCACACCACCCACUGCAGUUCUGGGAUUUGUUUCUUCCUAUUUUGUCAAACGAUUUGGAAUGUCUGAAGACUGUAAAGUGGUGGCUUUCACCGGAGACAAUCCUGGAUCCCUGGCAGGGAUGCGCCUACAGGAGGGAGAUAUAGCGGUGAGCCUGGGAACGAGCGACACUGUGUUUUUGUGGAUCAAGGAGCCCAAGCCUAUGGUGGAGGGCCACAUCUUUUGCAACCCUGUCGACUGCCUGUCCUACAUGGCUCUGAUUUGCUACAAGAACGGCUCUCUGACCCGAGAAAGGAUCCGUAACAAGUGUGCCGAUGGAUCAUGGGAAAAUUUCUCCACUGCCCUGAGGUCCAGCCCCAUGGGGAACAAUGGAAACAUAGGUAUUUAUUUUGAUACAGUAGAGAUCACACCUCCAGCAGUCGGGAUUCACAGAUUUGAUCAGCGUGAUAAAGAAGUAGCUGCCUUCACCCUGGAGGUGGAAAUUCGAGCCCUGGUUGAAGGACAGUUCUUGGCAAAGAGAGUACAUGCCCAAAGGUUGGGUUAUAGGAUUAUUCCAGAAACAAGAGUCCUGGCAACAGGAGGGGCCUCAUCAAACAAGGACAUACUUCAGGUUCUCUCGGACGUGUUCAACGCUCCAGUGUACACCAUUGAUGUGGCCAACUCUGCAUGUCUCGGCUGUGCUUACAGAGCUGUGCAUGGAUUAGCUGCUGAAAUGGGAAUGUCAUUUACAGAGGCAAUAAGUGAAGCCCCAGGAGCACAGCUUGCUGUGAGACCAACCCCAGGAGCUGAAAAGGUCUACGGGCCUCUCCUGAAGAGAUAUGCAGACCUGGAACAGAAGAUUCUGAAGUGCACGCCACAAUGAUUCAACACCCUCUCUUUUUUGAAAGCAAACAAUAACAGAUGAUGCCUCUAAUGUGAUUCUGUCUAAAGAAUGCUGCGUUGGUUUUGAGCGUGGAGAUGUAUGAGUUGAUUCUGCAAAUGACAUACACUAGUCAGUGUUAAUUGUGGGCAGGAAGCAGCUCAGUGUGAUCAUUAAUUUGGCCUAACAGGUUCAAAUCUAUCACUACGUCAGGUGUAAAUGUUAAAGCACUAUUGUAUAACAUGGUUCCAGUAUGAGCUGUGAAAUGAAGCAAAACAAUAGCUGAAAGAAGCUGUGUGAGUCGACCUCUCCUUCCCCUCACUGAGAUAGAGCACAAUUAUUUUCUAUAUAUAUGUGCCAGUGUGUUUCACUGAUACUUUGACCUAAGAAUGUGUUCUAUUAAUAAUGCUCCAUCUGAGUUUCACACUUUCCCACUCACUGACACCAGUGUGCCUCGGCUGCCGCUUUAAAUCAAUUGGUCAUUAGUCUCCAGCUCCAACCUUUGCGCUGUGAAAAUGUGAAUUGUAUGAGAAUGUGAAUGCAUUAAUGCUGCAGUCUUUGCAGAGUCCUGUAAUGAGUUUAAUACACAUUGUGCAUUAAGACCAUCACAUUGGUAUUGUUUAAAAAUCUUUGGUGAUGAUGGUCUAGAAGUGUUACACAAACCAAGCCAUCGAAAUAAACUGGUGAAAAUAAGAAAUUGUGAAUAGUGAUGACCCAGAUACCUCAAUAUAUUUUUUAGUUGUGUUUGCAUGUGUUUUGUUUGCUUUCCAAACAAGACAACAUUAGGAUAUUAGAUGCGCUUUGUGAAACCAUUCAUCACAAACUGACAAGGCAUUACGAGUUGUUCUUUUCUAUAUAAUAGGGUACAUAAACCAUAAUAACCAUGGAUGUUCUGUGUUUAUUAUAUACUGCAUUUUCAGGGAAUCUCAUGAAGAUGGGCUGAUUGAUUUUUUUAAAAUGAGGUUUACGGUGUGACAUUUACUCGUCUAUAAGAUAUCAUUUAAAAAUAGCAGUUAAAUAGCUGGAAAUGGAUGACUAUAGAAAACUCCAUCACAACAUUUUGUACUUUAACAUCUUAGUUACUGUAGGUUUUGUAUCUAAUUCAAUAAAAGCGGCAUUAUGUAGUUGUUUCA